AUUCACAAGAACAUAAAUCUAUUAAUUUUAUUCCACCAGAAAUCGAUCCUGAAGUUUUUGAUCCACAGUUCAAUUUUAAAGAUAAUUCGAAUGAUUGGAUAAUCUUAUGCGUAAUGAAAUAUCAGCAAAGAUUCAACAUACCUAAUAUGGGUAUAGAAGCCUUAACAAAGUUUAUUUGUUCUUUACUCAAAUAUUUCAAAAUAAGUUGA